UUAAACAUUUAACGUCGGUCCCUAACCCUGUCCGCUCGCUGCUCACCAUUCUUCGUUUUCCUGCGGGGCGGGAACACGCAGACGGUCCCUGAGCCUCACUCUCUUUCUGCCAGUGGGCAGAGCGAACAGUGCAAACACACGGAGGCUCGUCCGCUGAAACCUUCCCAGUCUGCUCCACACAACGACGGCUCCGAUCGGCUCUUUUCACCUGGAUUUUACCUCCGAUCACCGCCUGAUAUCGGGGCUCUAGCUAAGCAGCAUGCAACAGGUCGGCCUCAGCCCUCUGAGAUGUUCCUGAGCGGCGAGGAUGGGCCAGAGAAGGAAAUCCCGCCGGUGAGGCAAACGAGCCGCACGCCACUCCCCGAACCCCACCGCAGCUACACCGCCUGACGCAGCCAUGCCCCGCCUGCCCUCCUGAUUCUCCUCCCCGACCUCUGCUCCUUCCCUCAGUCACAUCAGAGUCUCAGCAGCUUCAGCAGCAGCUCCCCGACCGCCCGGCCCGCCGCUCAGCAUGGCCACGCCCUUCCUGUGGAAGCUGUCGUCCCAGAAGCUGGGCUUCUUCCUGGUCAGCUUCGGCUUCAUCUGGGGGAUGAUGCUGCUGCACUUCACCAUCCAGCAGCGGGCCAGCCACGAGAACAGCGCCGUGCUGAGGCAGCAGAUCCUGGACCUCAGCAAGCGCUACAUCAAGGCCCUGGCCGAGGAGAACCAGAGCGUCAUGGACGGUCCUUAUGUGGGGACCAUGACGGCUUACGAUUUGAAGAAGACCCUGGCGGUGCUGCUGGAUAACAUCAUGCUGCGGCUCGGUAAGCUGGAGUCCAAGGUGGAAAACAUCUACAACGGCACGGGGGGCAACCUGACCAACGGCACCAGCACAAUCACGCCCAGCGCCACCAACUCUGAGAAAGUCAACGUGGCAGACCUCCUAAACGGAGCCCAGGAGAAGUGCGAGCUGCCGCCUUUGGAGGGUUUCCCUCACUGCGAGGGCAAGGUCAAGUGGAUGAGGGAGAUGUGGCGCUCUGACUCCUGCUACGGGAACUACGGCGUGGACGGGUCCACCUGCUCCUUCUUCAUCUACCUCAGCGAGGUGGAGAACUGGUGUCCUCGUCUUCCCUGGAGGACAAAGAUCCUGAACGAAGAAAUAGACAGGAGGGGACAGGCGGAGGUGCGGACCAGUUUCGAGGAGCUUUACCGUGUGAUGUCGCAGCGCGAGGAGUUCCGCUGGAUGAUGCUGAGGAUCAAACGCAUGGCCGAGCCGUGGGUCAGCGCCGUCCGCUCGCUGGCUGCCAAGCAGAACCUGGCCCGGCGCCGCAGGAAGAAGAUCCUGGUGCACCUGGGCCUGCUGACCAAGGAGUCGGGCUUCAAAAUAGCAGAGAACGCGUUCAGCGGCGGGCCCCUGGGGGAGCUGGUCCAGUGGAGUGACCUCAUCACCACGCUGUAUCUGCUGGGCCACGACGUCCGCAUCUCCGCCUCGCUGGCUGAGCUCAAAGAGAUCAUGCGUAAGGUCAUGGGGAACAAGUCCAGCUGCCCGACUCAAGGCGACAAGAUCGUGGAGCUCAUCUACAUCGACAUUGUGGGCCUCACCCAGUUUAAGAAGACACUGGGACCUUCAUGGGUCCACUACCAGUGCAUGCUGCGGGUGCUGGACUCGUUCGGGACGGAGCCGGAGUUCAACCACGCCCACUAUGCCCAGUCCAAGGGUCACAAGACGCCCUGGGGGAAGUGGAACCUCAACCCGCAGCAGUUUAACACCAUGUUCCCUCACACUCCAGACAACAGCUUCCUGGGCUUCGUGGUGGAGCAGCACCUGAACGCCAGCGACAUCCGACACAUCGACGACAUCAAGAGACAGAACCAGUCGCUGGUCUACGGCAAGGUCGACAACUUCUGGAAGGACAAGAAGAAAUACCUGGACAUCAUCCACAGCUACAUGGAGGUGCACGGCACCGUGCACGGCACCAGCACCGUGCACCUCCCCAGCUACGUCAAGAACCACGGCAUCCUGAGCGGCCGGGACCUGCAGUUCCUCCUCCGAGAGACCAAGCUGUUUGUGGGUCUGUCCUUCCCCUACGAGGGCCCGGCCCCACUGGAGGCCAUCGCCAACGGCUGCGCCUUCCUCAACCCCAAGUUCAACCCUCCGAAGAGCAGCAAGAACACCGACUUCUUCAAGGGCAAACCCACGCUGAGAGAGCUGACCUCCCAGCACCCGUACGCUGAGGUGUAUAUCGGGCAGCCGCACGUCUGGACCGUGGACAUCGAGAACUCCGCCGAGGUGGAGAGGGCCAUCCGCUCCAUCCUCAGCCAGAAGAUUGAGCCCUACCUGCCCUACGAGUUCACCUGUGAGGGGAUGCUGCAGAGAGUCAACGCCUUCAUCGAGAACCAGGACUUCUGCCACGGUCAGGUGAUGUGGCCUCCUCUCAGCGCUCUGCAGGUGAAGCUGGCCGACCCGGGCCGCAGCUGUAAGCAGGUGUGUCAGGAGGCGCAGCUCAUCUGUGAGCCCUCCUUCUUCCAGCACCUCAACAAGGACAAGGACCUGGCCAAGUUCGGCGUGGACUGUCAGACGGUGGAGUCGAGCGCCGACACGCUGGUCCCGGCCUACAGCGAGACUCGCCGCCACUGCAUCUUCCAGUCCGACCUGCUGCUGUUCAGCUGCGCCGGCGCCCACCAGUCGCUGCGGCGCAUCUGCCCCUGCCGCGACUACAUGAAGGGCCAGGUGGCGCUCUGCAAGGACUGCCUAUAGCAGCAGCAGCACGGGCUGGCGGGACGGGGUGACGGGGACGGGGGCGGAGCCAAGGCCGAGGCGGGGGGCGGCGUGAUCACAGGAUGAAGCAGCGAGAGGAGCGUGGGAGACUUUUUUCUUUUGGAGACGGGACUGGUCAUCAUAUUUAUUGUUUUCCAAGCUGCUGGAGGUGAAGCGGCGAGCAUCCGUCACCCCCCCCAGGCGGCGGCGGUGGCGUUGGCGGUGGCGACGAGCCCCGGAAGCGUGCAACAUUACUUGAAUGAACAAAGGGAGUCGUCUUUGGACUUUAAAGCUCCUUGGUGGACUGAAAAUAUCAGAGACGCACCAAGGAGACUCAGAACGCCCCCCCUCUCCAUGCACCGCCCUCAAGCUGAAACUGUUUAUCUUUAGGUAGUUUGCACUGGACUGAGGCCACACACACACACACACACACACACACACAGACACACACACACACACACAUACACACACAUAUAUACACACACACACACACACACACACACACAGGGCCUGACAGACGGCGGCUAAACAAGAACCCAGUUUUACACUGUAACUCUCUUCUGGUGAUGAGAGCUUCUAGACUUCUAGAUUUUUAUUCUGGAUCCUGACACACAAACGCAUCCAGACUUUAAACCCUCAUGAGGAGGGGCAAGAAAAAGUAUGUGAACCCUUUGAAAUUACCUAUAUUUUCUGCAUUAAUUCGUCAUAAAACGUGAUCUGAUCUGCAUCUAAGUCCCAAGUUUAGACAAACACAACGUGAGAUAAAUCCAAACAUGUCUCAUAUUAAUGAGUGAGUCCCUUUCAUUUAUUACUAAUUUAUUUGUGGCAAUGUAAUUUAAAAAUCAAAUUAAAGGACCAAAAUAAUAGAUACAUAUUUUUAUCUGGCCACAUAAGAUUAGACAAAGAAAUUAUUAAAAUUAUUUUAAUAGCUUAAACAUUUUUUUUCUUGUACUUGUUGAUUACUUGUUGUUGCUGUAUUAUUUUCUUUACAAGAGCAUCCAAAGAGGGAAAUGAAUAAAAAAUAAGACCUAUAAGGAGUUGAUUUAACUUAUUCAUACUAGUGUGUAAUUAAUUAAUGCAAAUAUAAUAGUGAUAAUCUUAAUAUCGUGAUUAUUUCUCUAUCAAGAAAAUCUGUAAUCGUGACAUCCUGAGUCAUGAUUCAAUAAAAACAUAAAAUAUUAUAAUUCUUUGUGUGGUAUUAGGUUAAGCAUGUUGUGUUUGUUCAAACUUGGGACUUAGAUGCAGAUCAGAUCACAUUUUAUGAUAAAAUAAUGCAGAAAACUAGGUGAUUUCAAAGGGUUCACAUACUUUUUCUUGCCACUGUAAACAAAAAAAACAACAAAAAACAGUCAUGCAUUCACUUUUAAAUCGCACCUUUUUAACUGAAAAAGGCCAGUAGAGAAGCAGCGUGACUCUGUCGCUGCACGGAGUCGUAGGUCGUCGUGGCGUCGUGUCGUAGAUGGUAGAGCGUCGUCGGUAACCAUGGCAACACCUGCUGAGACUCCACAGCCUGCAGAGGAACAACAUACAUGUCCGUAAACACAAACUGUUAAAUAAAUAAUAAUUUUUUAAAGCAACGAAAACAUGCCAACAAAGCGUUCCUCCGACCUCGCAUCUCCUCCUUUUUUUUUUUUCCUUUCCACAGUCGUCAGGAUCUGUUUGAUUUGCCUGCAGGUUUGCGAAGAAAAAAAUUAAGAUUUAAAAAGUCAAAUUCGUAGUUUCAUGUGGUGAAUGGGAAAAAAAUGCACUACAGUAAUUAUCUGCAGAGGUUUAAUGAGAUAUUAGUAACACUGUAUAUUGUUCAUAUGGGUUUUAAAAGUUUUCUUUAUUUAUUUUGUAUACAGAUUUAUCUUUAACUCUGUGUUUUGCUGGAAAUCUCUGUUUUUUUAUUUAUAGGAGGGGUGUCUUUUCUUUUUUUUUCGUUUCCUUUUAUAGAUUUUUAUUUAUGGAGAGUAAUUUAAACAAAAAUAAUUCAAAAAAAUAAGCUUGCUUGUCUUCAAGUGUAUGAAACAGAGAGAGGGAGUUUGUCUGCUUCUGUCCGGCUAAAAAUUAUAUUUAAAUUCAUCAUAGAUUAGUUAUUUUUCAUGCAUUAGAGCAUUUUAUUCCUUAAAACGGUAGAAACUUAAACUUGCAUGAGGCUGAAAUAUCAAAUCGUUAAGAGACGGACAGCAGCAGACAAACGUUUUAUUGUGAAAAGCCAGCAGCAGCCUCAUACACUUUGUGCUUUUAUUUCUCUUUUUUUGCACAUUUUUUAUGUUAAAUUCAGACUGAACUCACCUGUACUCUCACUGUGUCAGCUCAGACUGCUCUUCUUCUGUUUUCUCUGUUUUUUACUUUUGUAAACAGGUCAGUGAUCUGCCGCCAAGUUAGUGUUUGCAACAACAUGAUGUGCCUUUUUUCUGUGUUUCUGAUUAUCAGCGGGCAGCUCACACACUCGUGACUCAGCCUCCACUCCCAAAUUUAACUUUCCUCAAUCAAUUCUAGUGAAAUAAUCAUCAUUUUAAUCUAAUUAUCAUUUAAUACAAUUAAAAUCAGUUAAUGUAAUCAGUCCAGACCUUGUGAUUUGUUUGGAAGAGAAAGGAUAACACCAGCGUUCAGCUCACAGAGGCACAUUUGCAUGUUUGAUUGUAAUCAGAUUACUGUCCUGCAGUUGUAAUUUGAUUCCAGAAAUAGAAAAGCAUCAUUUGGUCUUUUUUUACCAGGUAAUUAGGAAAAGUUUUGACGAGAAUCCACGAAAAACCUGCUGAGUGGAGACUUUUUACUCCACUACAUUUAUUUGACAGCUUUAGUUACUUUUCAGGUCAAGAUUUAACAAAAAAAACAUGAUUAAAGUAAGUUAAAGCUUGUAAGUAGUUCAAAUUAGCCCUACCCAGGCAAAAAUAAAAUGCAACUUGCAUAAAUGCGUCAAUACUAAUAAUAAAAUAAUAUAUUUAGAGUAUAUAAAACAGUCUGAGUGGCUCCAUUCUGCAGGACGAGUACUUUUACUUUUAGUACUUUAAGUACAUUUUGAUGCUUUUGUGCUCAGCUCACAGAGGCACAUUUGCAUGUUUUAUUGUAAUCAGAUUACUCUCCUCCAGCUGUAAUUGCAUUCCAGAAACAUGCACAUGGAAAAGCAAAGUAAAUUAGGAAUAGUUUUGACUAGAAACCAAGAAAACCUGCUGAGUAAAGACUUUACUUAGAGGCAAAUAUUGGUCUUUUUACUCCACUACAUUCAGAAACACGAUACAUUUAAUGUUAUUUUGUAAAUUAUACCUCAUAAGUAGUUAAAUUAGUUGUACCAGGACAACAAUAAAAUGCAGCUUGCAUAAAUGCAUCAAUAAAAUAAUAUAUUUAUAGUAUAUAAAACAAUGGGAGAGGAUGCAUUCUGCAGGUAAAGUACUUUACUUUUGGUACCUUUAAGUACAUUUUGAUGCUUUUUUGUGUUCAGUAAGUUUUGGCUGCAGGAUUUCUUUUCUUGUAGUGGAGUAAAUCUGCAGUAUUUUUACUUCAGUAAAAGAUCUGAAUACUUUAAAAAAAAAAAUGCUGAUUUAAGCCUCAGAAGCAACAGCGGUGUUAUCCUUUCAUUCACAGUAUGAAUUAAAUUAUAUUCUGCAGUUUUAGUUAUUGCCAACAAUCUCAUGUUUGGACCAAAAUCACCAGUAUUUCAGUUAGAGAAAUAUAGAAUAUGACCACGUUAUCCUGUAUGAUGCUGAAACUUUCAAUAACAGGUGGUUUAUUUGCAGUAAAAAAAGCCUUAUUUUCUUAUUUUCCGGCCUUUUCUCAGCAUGCUGUCGAUCAGAUUAUCAGAUUUGUUGUCACCAUAUCUGUCUUUGUUAACCUCAGCAUCGAAUGUCUCCAUUGUGUUAUGAACUUCCACUCAAACAAACAAACAAACAAACAUGUAUCAAUCUCUGUUUUCCAAUCAGUGUGUGAAUCGAUGAUCCGAGGGCGAAUAACGCAACGACAACAUGUUUCUGUUUGGUUUUUUUCUUUUCACAGUCCUUGACGAGUAAGAGGGAUAUAACUUUAUUUUUAAAUAAACCUUUUUUC